AAACGCGCUCGCCUUAGCUCCCGGACCAGAGGGAGGAUGAAACAGAGAGUGCGUGCCGAAAAGCGAGGAAGCAACUAAAGGAGUCGGUGACCGAUAGAGCAAGAGCCAUGGCACGCCGGGGCCUAGUGGCCGGGCCAGACUUUGAGUAUUUUCAGCGUCGCUAUUUCACGCCGGCCGAGGUGGCCCAACAUAACCAGCCCGAAGACCUCUGGGUGUCUUACCUGGGAAACGUGUACGACCUAACGCCGUUGGCACAGGAAUACAAGGGAGACCUGCUGCUGAAACCCAUCGUGGAAGUUGCGGGCCAGGACAUCAGUCACUGGUUUGAUCCAGACACCAGAGACAUCCGCAAGCACAUAGAUCCGCUGACCGGUUCCCUGAGAUACCGCACCCCGUGGGGCCGCUUUCUGCACGUGCCGCCUCAGCUGCCCCGUUCGGACUGGGCCAAUGAUUUCGGGAAGCCUUGGUGGCAGGGGUCGCGUUACGAGGUGGGGCGGCUGUCCGCCAAGACCCGGAAUAUCCGCAUCAUUAACACGCUCACGUCGCAAGAGCACACUCUGGAGGUGGGGGCCCUGGAAUCAAUGUGGGAAAUCCUACACCGCUACCUCCUCUAUAACGCACAUGCUGCCAGCUACACAUGGAAAUAUGAAGGGAAGAACCUGAACAUGGAUUAUACCCUGGAAGAGAAUGGUAUCCGGGAUGAGGAGGAAGAAUUUGAUUAUCUCAAUAUGGACAGUACGCUCUACACACCUGCAGUACUGCUGUACUUCAGUGAUGACCUCACAGAGCUAUAGAAAGAGAGAUGUAUGCUCAUGUAGGCUCAAGACAUAUUUUGAGUUUAGCUGUUUCUGUGACCUGUAGGAAAAGAGAUGGGGAUGGGGCAGGGAGGGCAGUACCUGGACCUAGACCUCCAUUCUACUCUGGGAGCUGGCCUGAGGUUCCCAUUCCCUACUGAAGUGUAAAGGUCCUAUUCCUCGGGUUAGUUACAAUUUACUCUGAGAAAGUUAGGAAGAACGCUAGAAGUGAAUUAAUUUUUAGGAAUGAUACAAGAAAAUAAAGUAUCUUAGAUCAUGGAGAUGUAGAAGAGGAUAGUCAGAUAGAGCUCAGGCAGAACUUUUCGAUAGUAAGAGAAAGAGAAGUCCUACACAGGGAUGAGCGAUGGAAGAACUUUUCUGGCAAUGAUGGAAAUGGGAUGACUGUAGGAAGAUGGGAUCUACAAAGACAGGAAUAGGAAGUGUCUAUAUCACUCGCCAUAUAAAACUGGCUAAUCUCUCUUCUGACUAGUAUUCGGCAGCCACCAGGUAAUUCAGGCUAGAUAUUAUGCUAUGUGCUUUAUACACCUCAUUUAAUACAACUAUCCAUAAGACAGAUACCAUUACCACUACUUACAGAUAAAUCUUCUGAAGCUUAGUAAGAUUUAAUAGCGCAAAAGCCACACUACUUAGUAACCAGAUUGCAAACCCAGGUCUUCCCAAUUCCAAAGUCUACGUUCUUCUCAAUGUCCAGGCUCACUGCACAAUGGGAACCUGUAGGCCUGUUGUGUAGUCAGCCGCGGUGUUGUGCUUUUUUGUUUUGUUUUUUUAGUUAUUGCCUUUGGAAGGGACUUAGCACAGUUCUGCAGUGGUAGAGAGGACACAGGGAAGGCCAAGUGUAAGCUGAGUAAUAGCUGAUGAGUCUACUUCAUGGUUAAUCCUGUAGGAAAACUUUCCUCUGACUUUUCUGAGGCAAAGAGGUGGGUAUAUACUGGUUCCAGGAAAAUUAGAGUGGGAAAGGGCUUUUGGAUUGGGACACUUUAGAAGGGGGAGCAAAAAGUAGGCAUGUAUAUUCAUGAUGGGCCUGUGCUUCUGAGGGAAAGAUGAGGAAGACAGGGUCGACUUUGCCAGAUGGUGACUCUGCAAGAAGGGGCUUGACAGAGGUGAUGUAAAGAGAGGAGCUAAUUGGGGCUUCCCUGGUGGCGCAGUGGUUGGGAGUCCACCUGCCAAUGCAGGGGACGCGGGUUCGUGCCCGGGUCCGGGAGGAUCCCGCGUGCCGCGGA